GCGGCGGGCGCUGGUUGCGCAGGCGAGGUCCGCCAGCCCGCCCGUGGCGGGGAAGGGCAGGAGCAGACGAGUAUAGGCCGAGGGCCAGGCUAGAGCGGCCGGCGGGAAGUGGCGGCUCAGGGCCCAGCUUCCCCUCCCCAGCCCGCGCUCUCUGGCUGUGCGCCUGUGAGGAGACGGCCCGGGCGGAGAGAGCAGGUGUUUCUACUCCAAUUCCUGCAAAAUGCCAGCAGCAAUUGUGGAGAACAGUCAGGUUAUCUGUGAAGUAUGGGCAAACAAUCUGGAAGAAGAAAUGAGGAAAAUUCGAGAAAUAGUUCUCAGCUACAGCUACAUCGCAAUGGAUACAGAGUUUCCAGGAGUCGUAGUAAGGCCAAUUGGUGAAUUCCGCAGCUCCAUAGAUUAUCAGUAUCAACUUCUUCGGUGUAAUGUUGAUCUUCUGAAAAUCAUCCAGCUGGGCCUAACUUUCACAAAUGAGAAGGGGGAAUACCCUUCUGGGAUCAACACCUGGCAGUUUAACUUCAAAUUCAACCUUACGGAGGACAUGUACUCCCAGGAUUCCAUAGACCUCCUUGCAAACUCUGGGCUGCAGUUCCAGAAGCAUGAGGAUGACGGGAUCGAUACCUUACACUUUGCAGAGUUGCUUAUGACCUCAGGGGUGGUCCUCUGCGACAAUGUGAAAUGGCUCUCAUUUCACAGUGGCUAUGACUUUGGCUACAUGGUGAAACUGCUGACGGACUCCAGGCUUCCAGAGGAGGAACACGAGUUCUUCCAUAUCUUGAACCUCUUCUUCCCAUCCAUCUAUGAUGUCAAAUACCUAAUGAAGAGCUGCAAAAACCUUAAGGGAGGCCUUCAAGAAGUUGCAGAUCAGCUGGAUUUGCAACGAAUUGGACGACAGCAUCAGGCAGGAUCAGACUCUCUGCUCACAGGAAUGGCAUUCUUCCGAAUGAAAGAGUUGUUCUUUGAGGACACGAUUGAUGAUGCAAAGUACUGUGGGCGGUUAUAUGGCCUUGGCACAGGAGUGGCACAGAAACAGAAUGAGGAUGUGGACACAGCCCAAGAGAAGAUGAGCAUCUUGGCUAUUAUCAACAACUUGCAGCAGUGAUAACUGGGUACCACUCGGCAAGAUAUGGUCCCAGAGUGGCAGCUGCAGUCCUAAACUGUUUCCAGCAGUCUCUCUCAUACAAAUGACGUCCAACAGUAUGCAUUUGGCAUGAGGACUAGAGAUUUGCUGAAGACAAAAGAUGCUCCUCGUUUCAGUUCAAACUUAGAAGAAGGGAGUUUAUAACAAUGGCAGCAGCGAUGACUUGCCAUCUUUUUAGUACCAAGGACAAGAGAGAGACAAUUAAUGUAUAUACCUCUGUUUUCUUCCUUUUAAAAUAUACUGAAUCUGCAAGGAAGACUUUACUCCAGAACGUUCAGGAGAACUAAGGUUCUGAAAUGCCAGUGAAAUCAGAGAGACAAACGCAUUUGCAGAUUGUGCUUUAAGACGCUUAUUUUAAAUUUUUUUGUUGGCUGUAAGGAUGACAUCUGCUUCUCAUCCUUUGCUUGUUUUUAUCUUUGCGUAUUCUGUAGAAAUGACCCACUCGUUCAUGGCAGAGUUUUGGGACAGGAUAAUGUCAGAGACUUUUUCUGGAGCUAAAUCAUUCAAAUAGAUCUGUCUUGGUAACUGUCAGACAUGGUGUACAUGGAGCUGAGGCGACCACCUUUGUAGCUCCUAAUUCAGUACAAUUUCCCACUUUCUUUAGGACUGUUGGGCCAGAGAGGUGUCACACCUGUAAGACUCAUCUAUCUUCUCAUAGGUAUUAAUACAAUAAACUGUUCUGCAAUUGUUUAAAUGGCCUAGAAGUUUGCCUUUCCUAGAAGAGAUUUGUAACAGUUUGGACCAAAAUUGAUGUUGACUUCAGCUACUUGGUAUUACAUGAUAAUGUGGAAGAUUUUACCCUUUUCAUUACAGCAUGAGCAAGUUUAGUAGGUGCAUAAAUGUGUAAAAAGUGGCCCUAGUUUUAUAUUUUAGUGAUUUAACAGCCUGGCAAAGCAAUUGGAUUUCCCUUUUAUAGAGAUAAUAUCCCAAGAGUGGGACGCUCACAAUUCUGUCUUUUUAAAAAAUUAGAUAUUCUAAAAGUACACGCUUAUAUUUUUGAACAGCUUGGAAAUAUGUUUAAAAGAAAACCCAAAACUUUUGUCCAGAGCAAAUUAAAACUAUUUCUGAGUCUUGCAUUUUAACAAGCUUAUAAAGAUUCUUGAUUUUUUGCAAUGAUUAAAAGUGAUAAGCUGGUAUUUAAAAUGCGUGUAAAUACUAUUGAUGUUUUUAAUUUUGUAAAAUAAAGAUUUUUUUUUUAAA